AUGUGGUUGUUGGCCGUCUCGGCCGCGCACGUCGGUUCGGCAGGUGUCAAUAUCGGACGGGGUGCUGCAAUGCAAACAAAUGCUUGCCUUGUUCCACGGUCGUGCUUGUCCGUGCAAGAUGCUGCUUCAUGGACGAUGUGCGGCCGUGGCCUGCGUUGCUCAGCGGUAUGGCGGGAGCGAGUGGAGGCCAAUGGUGUCGCGGGGAGUCAGGCAGAAGCAAUGGCAAUGGCAAUGGCAGAAGCAAUGGCAAUGGCAAUGGCAAUGCUGGACGCUGCUGCAGCCCGCCAAAUUCCGCCGGUCAAUCCUGGGCGACGACGUGAGCGCGCUGGCCGACGCAAGGAGCGAGCACAGCAGAAGGCACGGCGGAGAACGGGCGAGGGCCAAGAAUGCGGGGAGUCAUAUGGAUGGCUGAACAGGACCUCUACCCACUGGCGACCGAGACUGCUAUACCUUAGUCGCGCUCUUGCAAAGGCACGUGCUGCUAUAAUAAGAUAUUCCUACCAAAUCUCCGUGCUUUGGUCCUGCCUCCAACUACAAAGCCCAUGCUGUGACACCCCAAUCACUAAACCUGAUUCCAGCCUUCAUGUAUUCGAUCACCAAGUACUUUCUCGAUGGCGAGUUCCUAUCUCUGCUACGCUGACACACGUUAUGAUGUGCUUCUACAGAGCGACUGAGGCCGCAGACGCUUGGGUCGUGCCCGCAAUUGAGACGAAACUAUCGCCAGCGACUCCUCUCACAGCAGGCCCUACCGUUAGCAUGUCCCCUUUUGGCCACUUUGAUCCGAAAGAAGCAUCAAAGGUCCUGUUUCUCUACAACGACUGA